UCCGCGAGAAAACGGAGCUUGGCCCAAAAGUUGUGGGAAAACAAAGGAUGACGGGAAGGCUCACACUUUCGCAGGCAAAAGCCCAGACAACCUAUCGCCUAAAUAAUAAUUGAAUUUAUGAACUACACUAAAUAUGUAACAUGAAUGUAAUUCUCUCUAUUUGCAUUUUAGUAUCGGAUGCCCAAAACCAUGGAACUGCCAUCCUUUUCCGCUGCGCGCUUUCAGAUAACUCCAUCCAUUUUCAAACAACUAAAUGGGUUUAUUCAUAUUCGAAAGUCUUCAUAUUUUACUACUACUUCAUUGAGCACUGCUUGGAAAUCCAGAGCAGGCUCCAGUCUUCAUCGAGGGCCUUGUGAACGACAAUUUAAGAAAAAUGAAAGGCUCGGAUGUAGUAGAGUUGAAGCCUCUCCCGUGUCCAAGGAAACUCGUGGAAAUCUCAAAGGUGAGGAAACAGACAGCAGUGAGGAUGAAGAUGCCUCUUGGCCUGAGGAUGAAGAAGAGGGUUGGGGGUUUCCCUUAUCUCAAUUCUUCAACGAUUUCAAACUUAUUAAUGUGAGAAAUGAUGAUGAUGAGGAUGAUUUAGAUUAUCUGACAGAAGAUGAGAAUGAAUUGCAAGUUGGCAGUGUUGAUGUUGCAGUCAAGGAUAUCACUGCUAAGGACUGGGAAGAUGUAGUGUUUGGUGAUAUAAGUCCUUUGGUUGUGCUCGUCUACCAGAGAUAUGACAGACCAAUUGAGAACAUGAAAGUGCGUAAGGAGCUAGAAAAAGCAAUAAAUGUCUUUUGGGACUCAGAUAAAGCAGCUCCAAGGCAGGCAGUCAAGUUUGAGGCUACUGAGGAAACCAAACUGGCAUCCACAUUGAAUGUUGAAGAAACGCCUGUAGUCAUUUUUAUCAAAGAUGGCAAGCUAGUACAUCGUCAAAAAGAAAUUCUUGUGGCAGAUGAUUUAGCCAAGAUAAUGGCCUACUUCUAUUAUGGAGCUAACCAACCUGAAUGUCUUAAAUCUACAAAAUUAUCAGAAGAGGAAGUUCCUAGUCUGGCAUGAUUCUGUAAAUGUGGUACUCGUGAAUACUUGCCUUUGAUAUAAAAUUGUACAUGGAUGGAGAGAGGGAACGUUUGUGGCAUAGAAAUUGGAUGUUUAGUAGGCUUAUUCAUGAGGACCAUUAAUGGCAACAAAAUCAAUUAUGGGCAAAUGAUUAUCAUUUUAGCCCGUGCAAGUCUCACUGGCUCCUGCAAAUUCAUUUCAUAGAUGAGGAAGACAAUUAUUUGUUUUCUGUACUUACAGAUAUGGUUCACAUCAUUGUAGUAUUUAAAGCCUUGUUUUUGGAAUGAAUGAUAUGUCGAAGGGUAUAAAUAAUUAAGGAAUCAAAUUCAUAUUAACAGAGCCCUUUCAUUCA